GACAUCCUCUAAAAAAUGUCCUGCCAGCAAAGCCAACAGCAGUGCCAGCCCCCUCCCAAGUGUGCCCCCAAAUGCCCUCCCAAGUGCCAGACACCAAAGUGUCCCCCCAAGUGUCCUCCCAAGUGCCCCCCUGUGUCUUCCUGCUGUAGCCUGGGUUCUGGGGGCUGCUGUGGCUCCAGCUCUGGGGGAGGCUGUGGCUCCAGUUCUGGGGGCUGCUGCAGCUCUGGGGGUGGUGGCUGCUGCCUGAGCCACCACAGGCCCCGCAGAUCUCUCCGUCGCCAUCGUCACAGCUCUGGAUGCUGCAGCAGUGGCGGCAGCAGUGGAUGCUGUGGCAGCAGUGGUGGCAGCAGUGGAUGCUGUGGCAGCAGUGGUGGCAGCAGUGGCUGCUGUGGCAGCAGUGGUGGCAGCAGUGGAUGCUGUGGCAGCAGUGGCAGUAGCCAGCAGUCUGGGGGCUGCUGCUGACCUGUGUCUCGAAGA